UUUCUGCUGCUGCUGGGUUUCUGGCAGGAGGCUCUGUGGAGAGAAGAUGUGAUGAAGAAGAAGCUGGCUGAACUCCAGGAGAGCACGACAAACCUCGUGAACUCAUCCAACAAAAUAUGGACAUCUCGCUGCAGUGAAGAUCUGCUGAGAAACAAGAUCAAGGCUUUGGAGGCGCAGCUGCAAGCUUGUCUGCAGAAGUUUCCAAAAGAUGGUGUAAAGAAACUGGUGGUACAGAUGGAAAAGCAGAGGAUGGUAUAUGAAGAGAAGGCCUUGAUUGCCCUGCAGAAGGCCACACAGGAGAAAACCGAGGCCCUCAGCAAGGCUGAGACUCUGCAGGUCAAACAUCUUUUUUUUCUCUGUUUUACCACGCAGAAAAGAAACAAGUCAUUUAGAGUGUAUUUUGAGCAUUUCUGCAUGUUCACGCUCUUUAUUGUGUGCGUGCAGUGUGAGGAGCUGCAGGCAGAGCUGCACGCUAUGGAGCAGGAGUGUCAGUCCAGCCAGGCCCGGCUGUCGCAGUGCAGAGACGAACUCCGGCAGCUCAGCCACCGCCGCAGGGGACCAACACCGUGUGGAUCCUGGUGGAAGCUGUGCUUGUUCUUCCUUUUACUCCUCGCUGUAGCAGGGGUCGUAAUGCUGUGGCUGUGGCAUCCGCCUUUCAGGGAGCAAGUUGAGGACCUGUACUCAGACAUAGAGACACGUAUUGAAGAUUAUCUCAUGGAAAUGGCCUCUCCUCGACACUCGGGCUGCUUCAGACCAAUAUGACAUUGCUCCAAAUCUUGUUUUUUGUUGACGUUUUGUUGCUUUAUGUCAAAAUUAGAUUUAUAUAGAAUGUAGUUCGUUGACAUUUUUGUAUUUAAAAUCUCUUUCGACUUGGAACUCGGUGUUUGCGUGAUGUUUGUGAGGCUGCGUCGGGUUGGUGUUGGGGACAAGUGAGCAAAAAGUUCCAGUGCGAGUAAAGAAACUCGGUGAUGCUUGUUUUAAAUUUGCCCAAACUGUUGGAAAAUGUUGUUGAUGGCAUUUUAAGAAACUGUGAGUUUAACUAUGAGAACAGCGGAAAAUAAAAGUGUCUUUUAUACUGUAAA